UGAAAAACAAUGGCAAUAACAAAGAAAAAAAACACGUAGUGUCUCGUUGUAUCGUUAUAAUUUCAUUCGGCUGACGCAUGCAAUGAUGCCAGUUGCAACAGCCAAGAUGGUCCUUUUCCUCGUGUUCUUAAGCUGCAGAAUCUGACGUUCUUGACUCUUUUAAGUACUUGCUAGCUCCGGAUUCCCUUAAACCAAGCUGUGACGAGGAUUCAGCAAGCAUAUAAUUGGUGAAUCGGUUUAGAGAAGAAAGGAGGAUUUUUAUUUUUAUUUUAUUUUUUUACCGAUACAAGAACUGAGUUUGAGGUAGUGCUGGCAUUUCGGGCCGAAGUAUCGUUAUUUUGGCUCGAUCAAGAAUGGCAGAACCUUGUACAGAGAGGCUGCUGAAGAAGAAUUACUACGAGAAUUGUCCUGGAUGCAAAGUGGAUCAAUAUAAAGAGUUACACCGAGGUUUUCCCAUUCGAGAGCUUGUUUCUACAUGGGUUGUUGUGCUUUGUACUGCGCUGCCAAUAUCAUCUCUCUUUCCGUUCCUUUAUUUCAUGAUUAGGGAUUUUCAUAUCGCAAAAAGAGAGGAAGACAUUGGCUAUUACGCCGGUUAUGUGGGGUCUUCCUUUAUGCUUGGCAGAGUUUUGACAUCUGUCUUUUGGGGAAUUGUGGCUGAUCGCUAUGGUCGAAAACCCGUUAUAAUUAUGGGGACUAUCACAGUGGUUAUUUUUAACACACUGUUUGGCCUUAGCGUCAAUUUUUGGAUGGCUGUUACAACAAGGUUUCUUCUUGGAAGUUUGAAUGGUUUGCUUGGACCAAUAAAGGCAUAUGCAGGUGAAGUUUUCCGCGAAGAAUACCAAGCUUUAGGGAUGUCAGCAAUUAGUACAGCAUGGGGCAUGGGGUUGAUUAUUGGCCCUGCUGUGGGAGGAUUUCUCGCACAGCCAGCAGAAAAAUAUCCAAAUAUAUUUUCCAAGGAAUCUUUAUUUGGGAGAUUCCCAUACUUCUUGCCCUGCCUUUGCAUAUCACUUUUUGCAUUGGCAGUAUCCGUUGCUACUUGCUGGCUUCCGGAAACACUGCACAUGCAUGGUGGAAAGACAUUACCUGAUGACUUGGAUGAGGGUUUAGAAACCGGGUCCUGCAAUUCUAACAUAAAUGAAAAAACAGAACAAAUUGAAGGAACAGGACCAACUGCAAAGGAAAACCUCAUAAAGAAUUGGCCUCUGAUGUCAGCUAUCAUCGUUUAUUGUAUUUUCUCACUUCAUGAUAUGGCUUAUACGGAGAUAUUCUCCUUAUGGGCCGUCAGCCCCCGAAGUCUUGGGGGUUUGAGCUACUCAACCAAGGAUGUCGGCGAAGUUCUUUCAAUUUCAGGUUUUGGCCUUCUCGUUUUUCAAUUUUCUUUAUAUCCAUUGGUGGAGAGAUUUAUUGGGCCCACAAUGAUAAUGCGCAUUGCAGGUGUUUUAUCCAUUCCUUUGUUAGCAAGCUACCCGUUCAUGACCUUCUUAUCUGGGUUCAGUCUCACCAUCUUGCUAAAUUGUGCUUCUCUUUUCAAGAAUGUCUUCUCUGUGUCCAUCAUAACAACUUUGUUCAUUCUGCAAAAUAGAGCUGUGGAGCAACACCAAAGAGGAGCUGCUAAUGGUAUUUCUAUGACCGCAAUGUCUCUAUUCAAAGCAAUUGCUCCAGCUGGAGGUGGUGCAAUAUUUUCUUGGACACAAAAGCGUCAAGAUGCUGUUUUCCUCCCAGGUGACCAGAUGGUUUUCUUCGCUUUGAAUGUGGUUGAGGCGAUUGGGGUGCUGAUGACAUUCAAACCAUUUCUUGCUCAGAAGUAAAUGCCAUGCCAUGGUUAGAGAGAGAGAGAGAGAGAGAGAGAGAGAGAGUUGAAUGUAAAUCUCAAGAAUAGUUGAAUAAAAUUCUUGGGAUGAUUAAUGAUUCUUUCUUGUGUUGGUAGAUCAGUGCGUGCAUUGUAUUUGAGACUGGGACUAAUUGGUCAGCAGCAAUAUAUUACAAGGAAAGAAAGCAAUCUAUAACCAUUUCAUGCUUUAA